CUGGCUCCCGCGAUUCCCGCUUGGGUCACCGCCUAGCGAGCUCUGCCUCCGCCCCCGAACACCGCCCCAACGAGGGGACCUCCUUCCACCCGCCGAGGCGGGGCCCGAGCGCUCUGGGCACUCUCGGCGUCCCGGCCCCUCGCCGCCGCCACCGCGCGGUGAUCCCCGCGGAGCCGCGCGCGUCCCCGGUCGGGAGAGUUCCCAGACCGAGAGGAGAGUCGCAGGAGCCGGUGAGACGCGAUGCGAGCCAGUGUGCCCCUUCUUUUCGGGAUGGAAGGCUGGGUCCCAGGACUUUGCCUCUGACAUCGGGAGCUGGUGGCCUGUGGCAGGGACCACAGGAAAUCAGUGACUAAUGUUUGGCAAUCACAGAUCCUUUGAGGGCUGAUGUUUUGCAGUCUCGGGGACCGUGUCCGGCGGGUCAGCCCUCGGGGGCCAUCCCUGCCCGGCCCCGGGCUUCAAGUGUGUUGCUGUCCCAGUCCAGUGACAAGCGGCGGACCAGAAGAGACCGGGACCUGCAUUCCCGUGUCUUUGGUUCUGAGUGCACUGUUUGAACCAAACAUCGGCACGUUCACCAGGGAGAAGCGCCGCGUACGGUUGGCACCCCGUCCAUCCGGGCAGCAUGGCCUCCUGAGACAGAGGCCCCGGCCACUGCUGGCGUAACCAUCAGACAGCGAUGGCGCCCUAGCGGGUCGCCCGGAGGAGAGCUUCGGGAUGGCAGCUCAGCGGAUCCGCGCCGCAAACGCCAGCGGCCUCCCUCGGUGCAAGUCCGAGGGCACGUUGAUCGACCUGAGCGAAGGGUUUUCGGAAGCGAGCUUUAACGAUGUCAAAGUGCCUUCCCCCAGUGCCUUGCUGGGAGACAAUCCCACGCCCUUCGGAAACGCGAAGGAAGUGAUCGCAAUCAAGGACUACCGCCCCAGCAACUUCACCACCCUGAAGUUCUCCAAGGGCGACCACCUCUACGUGCUGGACACGUGCGGCGGGGAGUGGUGGUACGCCCACAACACCACGGAGAUGGGCUACAUCCCCUCCUCCCACGUGCGGCCCCUGAACUGCCGGAACUCCACCCUGAGCGACAGCGGGAUGAUCGACCUGCUCCCCGACAGCCCCGAUGAGGUGGCCAAGGAGUUCGACGUGCUCGGGGGGUGGACGGAUGACCAGAAGGGGUCAGGCAGAACCUACAGCAACAACCCUUUCUGGAACGGGGUCCAGACCAACCCGUUUCUGAACGGGCAUGUGCCGGUGGGACCCGGCGUGGAGGAGCCGGCUCCCAAGAGCACCGUGGACUUGCUGCUCUUCGACGCAGGCCCGUCUGCCUUCACCAACGGCAGCUCGGCCACCACAAACGGCGCCGGCCACGGCUUCGAGGAGCUGCCGGCCACCGAUCAGCUCCCUGCCGAGGGGCCCGUCAGGCGGGACAACCCGUUCUUCAGAAGCAAACGCUCCUACAGCCUGUCGGAGCUCUCUGUCCUCCAAGCCAAGUCCGACGUGCCCGCCUCAUCGGGGUUUUUCUCGGGCCUGAAGUCCCCGGUCCCCGAGCAGUUCCAGAGCCGGGAGGACUUCCGCGUGGCCUGGCUGAGCCACCGGAAGCUGGCUCGGUCUUGCCACGACUUGGACCUGCUGGGCCAAAGCCCCGGGUGGGGCCAGACCCAGGCGGUAGAGACGAAUAUUGUGUGCAAGCUGGAUAGUUCUGGGGGCUCCGUGCAGCUCCCCGACACCGGCAUCAGCAUCCAUGUGCCCGAAGGCCACGUGGCCCCGGGGGAAACCCAGCAGAUCUCCAUGAAAGCGCUGCUGGACCCCCCCUUGGAACUCAACAGCGACAGGUGCUGCAGCAUCAGCCCGGUGCUGGAGGUGAAGCUGAGCACCUUGGAGGUGAGAACCGUCCUGGUCCUGGAGAUGACGGCGUCCGCCGAGGUGAAAAAUGACAUCUUCAGCAAAAGCACAGUGGGCCUCCAGUGCCUGAGAAGCGACCUGAAGGAGGGGCCCUAUGUCCCCAUCCCCCUCACCUACAGCUACGGGGACACGGUCCAGGUGCACCUGGACAACCUGGAGCCCUGCAUGUACCUGGCCAUCGUCGCCCACGGACCAAACAUUCUCUACCCUUCCACCGUGUGGGACUUCAUCAACAAGAAAGUCACAGUGGGGCUCUACGGCCCCAAACACGUUCACCCGUCCUUCAAGACGGUGGUGACCAUUUUCGGGCACGACUGUGCCCCCAAGACCCUCCUGGUCAACGAGGUCACCCGCCAGGCCCCCAGCCCCGCCCCAGUGGCCCUGCAGCUCUGGGGCAGACACCAGUUCGUCCUGUCCCGGCCCCAGGACCUCCAGGUCUGCCUGUUCUCCAACAUGACACACUACGAGGUCAAAGCCAGCGAGCAGGCCAAGGUCGUGAGGGGCUUCCAGAUGAAGCUGGGCAAGGUGAGCCGCCUCAUCUUCCCCAUCACCUGCCAGAGCCCCGGCGAGCUCUCGGACUUCACCUUGAGGGUGCAGGUGAAGGACGACCAGCAGGCCAUCCUGACCCAGUUCUGCGUCCAGACUCCCCAGCCGCCCCCCAAAAGUGCCAUCAAGCCGUCCGGGCAAAGACGGUUUCUCAAGAAGAACGAGGUCGGCAAAAUCAUUUUGUCCCCGUUUGCCGCCACCACCAAGUACCCCACUUUCCAGGACCGCCCCGUGUCCAGCCUCAAGUUCGGCAAGCUGCUCAAGACCGUGGUCCGGCAGAGCAAGAACCACUACCUGCUGGAGUACAAGAAGGGGGACGCCAUCGCCCUGCUCAGCGAGGAGAAGAUCCGGCUGAAGGGGCAGCUGUGGACCAAGGAGUGGUACAUCGGCUACCACCAGGGCAAGGUCGGCCUCGUGCACGCCAAGAACGUGCUGGUGGUGGGCAGGGCCCGGCCCAGCCUCCUCGCCGGGCCCGAGCUGAGCACCUCGCUGCUGCUGGAGCAGAUCCUGCGGCCUUGCAAGUUCCUCACCUACAUCUACGCCUCCGUCAGGACCCUGCUCAUGGAGAACAUCAGCAGCUGGCGGGCCUUCGCCGACGCCUUGGGCUACGAGAACCUGCCGCUCACCUUCUUCUGUCGUGCGGAGCUGGACAGCGAGCCUGAGCGGGUGGCGUCCGUCCUGGAGAAGCUGAAGGAGGACUGUAACAACGCCGAGAACAAAGACCGGAAAUCCUUCCAGAAGGAGCUCAUGAUGGCCUUGCUGAAGAUGGACUGCCAGGGCCUGGUGGUCAGGCUCAUCCAGGACUUCGUGCUCCUGACCACAGCCGUCGAGGUGGCGCAGCGCUGGAGGGAGCUGGCGGAGAAGCUCGCCAAGGUGUCCAAGCAGCAGAUGGACGCGUACGAGUCCCCCCACCGGGACCGGAACGGGGUCGUGGACAGUGAGGCCAUGUGGAAGCCUGCAUAUGACUUCUUACUCACCUGGAGCCACCAGAUCGGGGACAGCUACCGCGACGUCAUCCAGGAGCUGCACACGGGCCUGGACCGGAUGAGGAACCCCGUCACCAAGCGCUGGAAGCACCUCACGGGGACACUCAUCCUGGUGAACUCCCUGGACGUGCUGCGCGCGGCCGCCUUCAGUCCGGCCGACCAGGACGACUUCGUGAUCUGAGCGGGGUCCCCCCACCAGCCUGCCGCUGCCGAGGGGGCCUGUGCAGUCACGUUGCUGGGAGCGGGGCGACCGCCUUCCCCACCAGAGGAGGGUGGCUCCGGGCUGGCCCCACACCCCAGGACCAAGCACACGGACACUCCACCCGCCGCCUCCACCGAGGAGGAGGCCUGAAGGGAACUCCGAGGGCAGGUGGUUGCCAAUCAAAUAGCUUUCUAUUUGUCAAGCAUACAGUUAAAUUUAAAAUUUCUUUUUUAAAGUUUGGGGAGGAGGGGAUGUAUGCGAAAGGUGGUAUUAAAUUUUUAAUGGACCACAAAGGUAAAAAAAAACACGGAACGGGGCAGAUGCUGUUGAGGUUUUUACGUUCUCUGGAAACCUUCUUAAAUUAUGUUACAGGUGUACAUAGGUAUUUAAAAGUCAUCGGGGGCAUUUCCUAUUCCCAGACGGACUCCAGUUCCAACGUCUGGCACGGGAAGUCGCUUGUGUUCGCGUGUUGGGCUUUUUUCACUCCGUACUUGUACGAAAACAGUAAAUCAACUAGGAACCGCGGUUUGUCAGUCCGUGAGUGUAGCUCAAGCCCAUCCUUUCUGAGAACGUUCUGGGCCCUCUUUUAUUUUUUAUCUUACAUGCCUUUGCCUCGUGGUGCAGUGAAUGAGGGGCCACAGCGCCCGUGGGCAAUUUUGUGGGCAGAGUUAGGUCCGACGUGAGGGAUGGGCGCCCUUGAGCUGAGGGAGCAGCAGGGCAAGGGCGUUCCCAGGACCCCUGCUCAUCCCAGCGUGUGGUCCCAGACGCAAGUGAGGUGGACCCCACAGAACUGCCCCUUCCCCCCGGGGUCCUGAAGGAACCUUGGUCGCCCAGGACGCCCUGUGCAAGGUGCCUGCUGCCGUUUGCCAAACUCUCUGCUUCAUUUCAUCCGGAUGUAACCCCUGUCCCUUCCUGGCAUUCCCACGUCUCCUUGGAAACGGAUAGUUUGGGGAAGCCUUUUCAUUGACAACAUAAAGACCUGAGCGGGAUUGACAGUGGGAAUACUUCCCACGUCAAAUCAGGGACCUGGUGGCAGGUCACACCGACAACCCUUACGGCUGCAGAUCCGGUGGGUGUGCCGAGCUUCACGCUGCCGUCGUAGUCACGGUGUCUCAGAGGGAGAUGGGAGAAACUCCGCCACUACCCAGUGAACCCACAGUCGGCCCCCGGGGAUGUGCCUGGACACACCCGGAUCCGGAACCUCACUCUCUGAGUCGGCGGCGUUGAAUCACGUGAACUACUGGGUGUAAUCGAUGAAGAAUCCCUUAUUGGACUGAAGCACCCUUAAGCAUCUAUUGAUUUGGAUCCUGAAGAUCAACUGGCUAGGAAAAAUGAUACAAAAAAAACCACUAUGUAUUUUAUGCUGCAAGAAACAAGACACACAAUUCCCCAGUCAUCCCAAGAGAUGACCUUAAAUCCAGCUUUCCAACGAUCCGCCUGCCUUCUUCCCAGAGACCCUCCCUCACCUUCUCCCCAAAGAAGACACAGAACCAGUUGCACCUUAAACCAUGGAUAUUUUUCCUCAGGGGCUCACAUAGUUUCCUAUGCAACAUGUCUUGUAGCACAAACUAAAUUCUACAAAAGUUGCAGUAAACUUUAUUUGGAUAUUUUGA